ACCGGCACCGCGGUGCUGCUGGGCCGGCACCGACGCGCUGCUCAGUUCCCGGUGCCCGCCGUCGGUGCCGCCCUCGGCCGCCGCGCUGGCACCUCACGGCCUCACUCUGCUCCCGUUUGUUUGGGCAGAGCGGCCGGGGGGGCUGCACCGUGGGACCGGGCCCGGACGACCUCUGCGUGCGCCCCGGCAGCGCCGCGGGACGGGCACGGACGCACGCCCGGGGCUUCGGUCACCGUCGGGCCGUGAUUAGCAGCUCCUGCCCGGACAAUUAAAAUGCAGCGCUGGGGCAUGGCCGUCAAUGUGUACUCAACAUCGGUGACCAGCGAGAACCUGAGCCGCCAUGACAUGCUGGCCUGGGUCAACGACUCCCUGCAGCUCAACUACACCAAGAUCGAGCAGCUUUGCUCAGGGGCUGCAUAUUGCCAGUUCAUGGACAUGCUGUUCCCCGGCUGCGUGCACCUGCGCAAGGUGAAGUUCCAGGCCAAGCUGGAGCACGAGUACAUCCACAACUUCAAGGUGCUGCAGGCCGCCUUCAAGAAGAUGGGAGUGGACAAAAUCAUCGCGGUGGAGCGGCUGGUGAAGGGCAAGUUCCAGGACAAUUUUGAGUUCAUCCAGUGGUUCAAGAAAUUCUUUGACGCCAACUACGAUGGGAAGGAGUACAACCCGCUGCUGGCGCGGCAGGGCCAGGACGUCGCGCCCCCCCCUAACCCAGGUGAUCACAUCUACAACAAACCCAAGAAACCCAUUGGCACUGCAGUCCCCCAGAGGACCUCCCCCACGGGCCCCAAGAACACCCCGAACCCAGCCCGCCUCGGCAACGUGCCCAGCGGCAUCCUACGGAAAAACUCGCCCGCCGCCCGCAACGGCGGCACCGAGGCUGACGCACAGAUCCUGGAGCUCAACCAGCAGCUGAUGGACCUGAAGCUGACAGUGGAUGGGCUGGAGAAGGAGCGGGAUUUCUACUUCAGCAAACUGCGGGACAUUGAGCUCAUCUGCCAGGAGCACGAGAACGAGAACAGCCCCAUCAUCACCGGCAUCGUCAGCGUCCUCUAUGCCACGGAGGAGGGCUUCGCCCCACCAGAGGACGACGAGCUGGAGGAGCAGCCGCCAGAGGACCAGGACGAGUACUAGCCCCGGCCCGCGCCCGCGCCCCCCGCGCCGCCCCCACCAUAGACAUGUGAGGUCUGAGCCCGCGCCUCGCCCUGCACUGUCACACGCCAUCGCGGUCUCCGGCAGCUCCAGGGGGAAGCCACCAUCUCCAUAACCAGCCGACAUCCCUUGGGCGAGGAGCGCGGCUGCGCUGGGGGCCGGGGCUGGGGACGGGCUCCGGCCCCACGCUGGGGCCUGGCCCGCGCCACCCCCUCCCCAUAUUUAUUUCUGUUGUCCCCCUGGUGUGAGCGAGUGCCGCGUCCGCCCUGGUGUCCUGCCUGCCCACAGUGAGCGUGAGAAGGAACAGCGAGUCCUCAGGGGCUGGCCCGGGGUGCCGUGUGCUGCUCACCUUGCUGGGACCCCCAGGGCCCCAGGACCCCUGUGGCAGAGUGAGUGCCGGCCUGGCAGCCUGUAGGAGUGGGAGGCCACGGAACAGAGGAGAGAGAUGUUGGUUCAGGUUUCUGGGAAGAUGAAAAGGAAACCCCAGCCCAGUGCGGCCAUGGCAGCGGGGGGCACCUGCAGCCACGGGGGUCCCGGAGAGGGAGCCUGUCCUCACCAUGGCAUGGAAUGGCAGUGGGCCCUCUCCUCUCGGCCGUGGCCCCCAAGGAGCCGGGGUUGGGGUGGGUCACCGCAAGGGCUCGCAGCGCCCGCCCGCCCUGGCUGCCGUGUCCCUGUCGCAUCGCUUGUCUGGUCCAUCACACCGGUCGCAACGCUGCAUCUGUGUUCGGUUUUAUUUAAAUAAACUCGUGUGGUAACACCG